AUGUCCAACAGCAGCUCCAUCACCCAGUUCCUCCUCCUGGCAUUCGCAGACACGCGGGAGCUGCAGCUCUUGCACUUUGGGCUCUUCCUGGGCAUCUACCUGGCUGCUCUCCUGGGCAAUGGCCUCAUCAUCAUCGCUGUAGCCUGCGACCAGCACCUCCACACCCCCAUGUACUUCUUCCUCCUCAACCUCUCCCUCCUCGACCUGGGCUCCAUCUCCACCACUCUUCCCAAAUCCAUGGCCAAUGCCCUUUUGGAUACCAGGGCCAUUUCCUAUGCAGGAUGUUCUGCCCAGGUCUUUCUGUUUGUCUUUGUGAUGUCCUCAGAGUUUUAUCUCCUCACUGUCAUGGCCUAUGACCGCUUCAUUACCAUCUGCAAACCCCUGCACUAUGGGACCCUCCUGGGCAGCAGAGCUUGUGCCAACAUGGCAGCAGCUGCCUGGGGCAGUGGUUUCCUCUAUGCCGUGCUGCACACUGCCAAUACAUUUUCACUGCCGCUCUGCCAAGGCAAUGCCAUGAACCAGUUCUUCUGUGAAAUCCCCCAGAUCCUCAAGCUCUCCUGCUCAGACUCCUACCUCAGGGAAUUUGGGCUUCUUGUGGUUAGUGCUCUCGUAUUUUGGGGCUGUUUCGUUUUCAUUGUGCUGUCCUAUGUGCAGAUCUUCAGGGCUGUGCUGAGGAUCCCCUCUGAGCAGGGACGCCACAAAGCCUUUUCCACGUGCCUGCCUCACCUGGCCGUGGUCUCCCUGUUUCUCAGCACUGGCAUGUUUGCCUACCUGAAGCCCCCCUCCAUCUCUUCCCCAUCCCUGGACCUGGUCAUGGCAGAUCUGUACUCCGUGGUGCCCCCAGCAGUGAACCCCCUCAUCUACAGCAUGAGGAACCGGGAGCUCAAGGAUGCCAUUAGGAAACUGAUUUCAUCAACACCUUUGAGUAGGCAUGAGCGAUUGCACCCCCAGAAGGACGUUGGUCAGGAUUCUGCAUGGCUGCAGGAGCAGAAACCUGUCAGUCACGUUGUUACCCACGACAUCAUUCUUGAGGGUAACUGGAGCUGCCUGGAGAGCCUGAGGGAUCUCCAGGGACAGUGCAUGCCUCCAGUAGGCAGGGCAAAGGAUCGCAGUGGAGGGUGCUGCAAGCCCACUGAGUCCAAGGCAGAUGAGGACUUUGUCUGCAACCGUCUCAGGAGGUCUUUCAGUCACGUUCCCAAAAUCACAGCUUACAAGAAAGACUUCACAGACCCUCCUCCACCCCUCUAUCUCCAGGCUGUGAGCUCCAGCCACUGUGCCAUCAGAGCUCCCCAGAUCACAGAGAAGGAGCCAUGUGUCCUUGAGCUACCUGUGCGCUCUCGGGAGCUGCAGCAAGACCAGGAGCUGCCCACAGCGCCCACCAGCCGUUGUGUGUCCCAAGCCAACACACAACACUGUUGUUGUCCCAGGAGGACAACCAACACUGCAAGCACAGAGGCCACGAAAGGGGUUUUAAAACCUUUCAUUUCCAUGGGGAACAACAACCAAACCCUCGCCACAGACUUCAUCUUCCUGGGUUUCUCCAGUGUCGCGGAACUGCAGAAGCUGCUUCUUGUGGUGUUUUUGCCGCUGUACCUGGUCACUCUGAGCAUGAAUACCACUAUAAUGAUUAUCAUAUGGGCUGAUCGGAGCCUUCACACACCCAUGUACUUUUUCCUUUGCGUCUUGUCAUUUUCCGAGACUUGCUACACCUUCGUCAUUGUCCCCAAGAUGCUGGUAGACUUGAUAGCAGAGAGAAAAACCAUUUCCUUCCUAGGCUGUGCUGUACAAAUGUACUUCUUCCUUUUCUUGGGGUGCUCCCACUCUUUCCUCCUGGCAGCCAUGGGCUACGACCGCUGCGUUGCCAUCUGCCACCCCCUGCACUACAACAGAAUCAUGACUUGGCGAGUGUGUGCUCAGCUGGUGGUUGCUUCUGCUCUGAGCGGAUUUCUGGUUGCCCAGGUGGUUACCCCCUUGAUAUUUUGUUUGCCUUUCCAUACAUCCAGGAAACUCAACCAUUUCUUCUGUGACAUCUCCCCUGUCCUCCGAGUGGCCUUUACUCACACAAACCUCAGUGAGGCCAUUAUCUUCACCCUGGGUAUCUCUGUCCUUACAAUCCCACUGAUGCUGAUCCUUAUUUCAUACCUCUUUGUUGCCUUAGCCAUCCUGCAGAUCCCUUCAGCCGCAGGGAGGCACAAAGCCUUCUCCACCUGCAGUGCUCACCUGAUAGUAGUGAUUGUUCAUUACGGCUGUGCCUCCUUCAUCUACCUGAGACCCGACUCCAGCUACUCGUCGGAUCAGGAUGCAUUGAUCUCUGUCACUUAUACCAUCCUCACUCCCCUGCUCAACCCUAUGAUUUACAGCCUAAGGAACAAGGAUGUCAAAAUGGCUCUUCAAAAAGCAAUCAGGAAAAACAUACUAUCUCAGAAAGUUUUCCAGUGA